AUGUUUGAGUGCAACCGUGGCAAGCCCGUAAGCGCAGCUCUUUCAGCCAAGCUAACUACUCUCCUCGCUCAGUGGAUUGCCACCAGCUGCUGGCCCAUCAGCGUGGUUGAAGAUGAUGGGCUUGAGCUUGUUCCCCAUGUAGCCACAGGUGACCUAUCUUACAGAAUACCUGCGAGGCAAACUGUCAUGAGAAGAAUACAUGACCAGCACGCCGCAGAGAAAGCCGCAAAAGAUGAGAAGAUGGUAGAGGCAAGGUGUGUAGCACUGACUGGGGACAAUUGGACAUCGGUUAACAACGACAACUACCUCGGUGUUACUGUACAUCUCAUCGAUGCCAGCUGGGAACUUCACUCCUUCACUUUAGGUGUGAUGAACACAGAGGAGCAUCACUUUGCAGAAGCAUGUGCCAGGCAGUUUCUAGAUGUCGCUAAUCAGUGGGGGAUAGCUGACAAAAUCAGCACUAUUGGAACAGACAGUGCUCCUAAUAUGGUGGCAGCAGGGAGGAUACUGCCAUUCGAGCAUUUGCCCUGUGUUGCGCAUGUUGUACAGAGAGCUAUUUUAAUGUCACUUUGGGAAGGUGGUUUUGAUGGUGUACUUGCUAAGUGCCGUAAAGUGGUCGGACAUUUCAAACAUAGUCCGGCCAACACAGACGAGCUGAAUGUCCAGCAAGCCUCCCUUGGACAAGUUCAGGAGCCACAAGAUGUUCCAACACGGUGGAAUUCCACCAGGCUCGGACUGAUAAUCUAUGCUGAAUAUGAGAAGUUGGCAAAGCUAGAGAAACUGCUGGAGCCAUGCAGGUACAUCACUGAGCUCCUUGGUGGGGAUAAGUAUGUAUCCUGCUCUGUGGUUCUUCCUGCCCUGUGCCACCUCCAGCACACGAUGAAGAUCUCAGACGAUGAUCCUGCCUAUAUUGCGCGAUUCAAGGCUGCCUUUACCAAGGACCUCAACCAGCGGAGGGAGAAAAUAAACCUGGAAUGGCUUAAGGUGGCGACUGCUCUAGAUCCACGAUUUAAGGACCUCAAGUGCUUGCCCAGAGCAGAGAGGGAGCCAGUGUGGGCAAAGCUAAGUGAGUUGGUGAAGGAACAAGAACCUGCUUUGCAGCCACUCAGGGAGGAGAACCCUGAGCCACCCAAGAAGAAAACUGCCCUGCUACUGAUAGGAUCAGACUCAGAAUCAGAUGAGGAGACACCAGAAGACAGUACUGUGGAGAGGUACAAGGCAGAGCCCAGUGCCAGUCUAGAUGAGUGUCCACUGAAGUGGUGGUCGGAGCACACUGCUGUCUAUGGUAAGAUGGCCCACAUUGCCCGUAAAUACUUGGGGACUCCUGUCCCGUGCGAGAGACUUUUUUCUUUAGCAGGCCAUAUUGUGCAGAAGAGGAGAUCUAGUUUGUCACCAGAAAAUGUGAACAAGUGA